AUGUCUGAAGCUACACUUGCUUCGGCAGUCGCCGUCCCAGAUCAGGAUAAUAUCCGUCAAUCUCCUGAACAUCCCACAAAACGACGACAGUCUUCUGUGACGGACCAUGACCCCAAACGUCGCCGGCUAAGCAGCCAAGCCGACAUUUCUCCGCAAUCGCAGCGCCAGCAGCACUCGUCCCCAAAAGGAGAUGUCGCACCAGGACAAUCGGAGGAAAAGAAAACAAGCCGGACUGGUAGAAAGGAUGACGAUCGUAAACGAGGACAGCGACUGUUUGGCGCAUUGCUGGGUACACUUUCACAGAGCUCGAGCUCCGCGGCACAGAAACGACGCGCGGAUAUCGAAAAGAAGCAACAGGAUAAAUUGAAGUCGCAAGCGGAUGAAUAUGAUGGGUUAAAGAGAAAGAAGAAAGAACGCCGCGAUUUCAUUCGAAGAAAAGAAACACCUUUUUAUGAGCGGGAAGCUAUGCAAACUCGCCAUGCGAACUUAAUAGCAGCAGCACAUUUCUUGAAGACUCGAACGGAACCAAUUCUGUGCUACAAACCAUGGCAGUAUCGACCAGGUGAUGAGGCUAUCAUCCAGGAUCAGAUUAAAGAGGCCGAAGAAAUAGUUUCCCGCGAAGUCGCUGCAUUUGAGGCACAGUAUCCACCUGAAGCCUUCACACGCCAGGACAUAGUAUCGUCUAUCGUACCAACAUCCAAUGACGAACCGGAAGAACAAGCGCAAAAAGACUCCGCGCCUGCAAAGCCAGAUGCUUCAGUACCCGAAUCCGGAUUCAAGGAGACCGAGAAGCCUACAGAGGAAUUAGAGGAGAAACAUGAACAGGUUCAGUCCACUGAGCCGGAUAACGUUCACGAAUGUUCUACUGUUAGUGGAGAGGACCUUGAACAUCAUGACCACCGCGACGAUGAUGGCGGAGAAGUUUUGGAAGAUAAUGAAGACACUGUUAUGUAUUGA